AUGAACUCCCUCAUCUCUGUGGACCAGGCUGCUUUUGUUCCUUCUCGUAGCUUGGGAGAUAAUGUGUUAUUAGCUCAAUCUCUUUGUCGUGAUUAUCACUUGCAUAAUGGACCUCCUAGAUUUGCUUGUAAGAUGGACAUUCGGAAAGCGUUUGACACCUUGAAUUGGGACUUCCUUUUUAAGGUUCUUCAUGAUUUUGGAUUUCCGGAGAUCUUUGUGGGCUGGACAAAAAUUUGUAUUACUUCCUGUAAGCAGUCGGUGAAAAUUAAUGGUAGUCUCGAGGGUUAUUUCUCCCCUGCUGCUGGGUUGCGACAGGGUGACCCCCUCAUCCCUUACCUUUUCGUGCUGGGUGAUCAGGCAUUUAUUUCUUCUCUCCUGGAUGGUAUUUCUUUCUUCUCGGGAAUUUCUGGCUUGGCUCUUAAUACUGAAAAGUGCACAUGCUUCUUUGGCAAUGUCUAUUCUGGUACUAAACAAUUUGCAUUACACAUCUUUGGCUUUCAUGAAGGUAGUUUACCUGUUUCCUACUUGGGUCUUCCACUAGUUUCGGGGGGAUUAAAGUUUAGAGAUUGUCUUACUCUUAUCUCUAAUAUUUGUAGAAGAAUUGAAACGUGGACAUCAAUAUUUAUUAGUCAAGCGGGUAGACUUCAACUGAUUCAUGCUAUAUUAUUUAGUAUGCAGUCGUAUUGGGCUCGGUUUCUUUUUCUUCCUACUUUGGUCAUUAAGCGAAUUCAGAGUAUUCUUGCACAUUUCUUGUGGUCUGGAAAUUAUGAGGGGCCUUGUAUGUUCAAGGUGGCUUGGAAGGACUGUUGUUUUCCAAAAGUCGAAGGAGGGCUUGGCUUUAAAGAUUUAAAGAAGUGGAAUUUGGCAGCUACCAUGUAUCAACUUUGGAAAAUAAUUUCCAUGGUGGACUCGUUAUGGGUGAGAUGGGUUUAUGCAUUUGAAUUGAAAAGGAAGGGGUUCUGGACUAUGUCCAUUCCUUCAAGAUGCUCCUGGACUUGGCGUGCUAUUCUUAAGCAUCGAGAUAUGGCCCUUCAGUUUAUCAAAUCUAUUCCUGGUGUAUCUUCCAACUUUUUGCUUUGGCAUGAUCCAUGGCUUUGUAACAGACCUCUACUUCCUCGUUUUGGUCCAACCUUGAUGUAUGCGUUGGAAUCGAGUUCCCUUGAAGCUCUGAGUAGCAUUUAG